AGGCGCAGUCACAGUCACAGUCACAGUCAGAUUUCGUCGCCCAAGCAAACCGUCAGCGUCGUCGCGUAGCUCCGGCUAGACCACGAAGCGAACACGGCCAACGAGAUUGUUGCCCAGGAAACCCACAGCCCACAGGCAAAACAAAAAAGAAAAGGCAAACAGCUAAGCCAGAGACGAACGACUGACAGUGGCAUUUCAGGCCAAUUGAUUUAAUUUUCCACUCCGACAAAAUGCGCGCGCUAAUACUUUGAAAAACUAUUCCGACGAGCUAUUAAGGCCGCUUCACAGCUUCCCAGAAACAAUAGAAAAUUGCUUUUGACGCGAGCUCUGAAAAUCGUGACGCCUGUUUUGAAAGCAACUCGAGUUGAUAAAUCUACGAAAAUAAAUGAAAACGCAAUUUGUGACUGCCAAGUGCCAAAAAGUGAAUGAACAACGAGUCGCUCUUGCGAACAUUUAUGUUGAUUAAAGCUCUUAGCCGACGAUGCUAUAAGGCAUGCCGAUUGUGUAGAUCAGCGAGUGCUUAAGUGAUAAGGCAGCCAAUAAACAAUUUCAAAACAAAAUAGAUGCUGUUUGCCGAACAGUCAAAAUCAGUUCCAUAGGACAGACAGUCAUCACAUAUUCGGAGUGACUCCGAAUAUAAAAUACUUACGAUAGCGGUGCACUAAUGAGAGAUCCCAAAUGGGAAAACUUUAUAAUAAUUGAUUUGAAAUUAGUUCAACAUUUACUCCGAAUCAACUCCGAAUUAACUCCGAAUUAACUUUUAAAUGACUCCUAAUUAAUUCUGAAGUAAUUUCCAAUAAGCUCCUAACCUGCUCCGAGUUUACCCAGAGCAUACUCCGAAUUAACUCCGAAUCUACUCCGAAUUAGUUCCGAACCAACGCAAUCAUGCGCACGUUCAAGCGCGGCUUCUUCUGCUCGGACCUGUCACUGCGCUACCCAUACCGCGAGUGCACCAUCACAGUGCCCAUGCUGUUGGUCAUGAUGCUGCUGCUGCCGAUGCUCUUCAUCAGCGUGGUGGAGAUAAUGCGCCGCUGCAGGCACCUGCGCAUGCGGAAAUACCUGCGCAAUCUGUGGCGCUCGCAGGCGACGUUCAGCUUCGGCUUCAUCGCCACCUUCCUGACCACGGAGCUGGCCAAGCACGUGGUGGGGCGACUGCGUCCGCAUUUCUACAGUGCCUGCCAGCCGCGGCUGCACGACGGCUCGAGCUGCGCGGAUGCCCACAAUGCGGACGUGUACGUGCAGCAGUUCUACUGCAGCAACCGCAACCUCUCCUCGCAGCAGAUACGCGAGCUCCACGUGAGCUUUCCCAGCGCGCACAGCAGCCUCAGCUUCUACUCCAUGUGCCUGCUGGCCUUCUACGUGCACAGCGUGUGGCAGGGGCGGGGCAGCGUGCGCGUCAUACGCCACAUACUCCAGUUCCUGCUGCUCAUGGCCGCCUGGUACGUCUCGCUGAGCCGCGUCGCCGACUACUGGCACCACUGGUCGGACGUGCUGGCGGGCGCCUUACUGGGCGUCGUCUAUGCGACGAUCACGGCUAUUUAUGUGGGCGAUCUGCUGCAUGUGCGACCCCACGCGGCCAGUCCCGUUGCUCUGGGCUACUUGAGCGCGCCGACCAACUGCGCUGGCUGCCACCAUCGGCACCGCCAUCUACACCACCAGCUGCUGGCCGAGAAUAACAAUUCGACGACUUCGAACAAGGUGCACUUCUUAGCGGGCGCUGCGGUUGCGGCUGCGGCUUCCGACACGGCCGCGUCGCUGGACUAUGGACCCAACAACGUCGUUGAUCAGGCCGAUCGCGAUAUCGAGCACGCAGUCAACGUCGACUGCGACUGCGACAGCAGCAACGGCAGCAACGGCGGCGAUGACAGCGACAGCGACAGCGACGGCGGCAACAAGCCGCCCACAUCACGUUCCGCAACGCCACCGCCCAGUGGAGCAGGGCUGCCGUUGAGCUUGCCAAAUGCUGUCUAAGCCGACAGAUCCGGCAGAGAUGGGGACCCAUAGGCUGAAGCUAUUUCGACUAUUUUUCCAUUAGAAAUCGAAGCUAACCAAAAUGUGAUAAGCGCGCGGCGCGCUGUUUACCUGAUAUGCACAUGCCGCAUGCCGUUAAUGAUUUACGAAAUCCGACGUUGUGCAACGGCCGCUCGCACCGUGGGCACGGAACGCAAACGGCGACACAAAAUAAUUCUUAUCAAAGCGUAAAUGCACAGAUGGCCAGCAGUUCGUCCUCAUAGCGACUCCUCAGUAGCUCAGCCGCUCUCGCAGCGUUUCGCAAUCACACCCAUUGUAGAGUAGCCCGAAUCAGAGAUAUACUGGCUCAGCAGCUGCAGCUCCUUCGGCGCUUGGCGGCUGCCGCUUGUUUGUUAGUAAACAAUGCCGCAGCUGCCGCUUUGAAAUGAGCAGACGGCGGCCCGCGGCCCGCUGCAGCGGGCUGCCCAAUCAGCUGAUACCAUCUUCAGGCAGCGACGUCGGCGUCGGCAUCGCAUAGUUUUGAGUCGAUAAGGCAGCAAAAACAUUGUACAAAGUAAAAGUAAGUCAAGUCGCCAGAGUCCAACCAACUGCGCAAUACUCGUUCAUGGUGCCUCGAUGAUUCGGUUUGCCGAACCUAUAUGAAAUGAGGGUAUGCACGAGCAGAUGUUCUCAAAUUCCACAGCAAGAAACCUAUAUACUCGGUUAAGCAGCAAUGUAAUGUCAUCUAAAAUGUUCUAGCUGUAGUUUGCGUUAAAGAUUUAUUAGUGCUCGAGUCGAAUGAUUUAUGAACAGAUUUAUGAUAAUUAUUUGUUUUAUGUUAAUUAUGUUUAGUGUUUGUUUGUCGAUUCCUUCAAAUAAAUUAAUUACUGCAAUAUGA